AUGAUUUUGACAACCAAAAAACUUUUCCUCAGUAAAAGGGCUCGAAAGCCAUCUGAAUGUGGUCAGUGGCCCUCAGAGAGUGAAUCGAGGAAGGUUCCAUUUAAGGACAUUGCCGCUCUAGAUGAGAGGGCAUUACUCUGUGAUAAUUACCUUGCUCCAAGGUUCAACCAAACGCCCAGCUCAGUCGGGCCAGCAGCAUCCUCAGUUCUCCCAGUGGCCCUCCUGCUCUGUUUACUGACAGCCCUGGUGGUGUUCAGUUGUGGCCCUGCUCCAUCUCUGGGCUGUGAUCUGCCUCAAAACCACAGCCUGGCUAGUGAGAAGAUCGUUGACCUUCUGGACCAAAUACAGAGACUCCCCACUUUCUUCUGUCUGGAUGACAGAAAGGACUUCAGGUUCCCCCAGGAGAUGGUAGAUGGCAGCCAGCUCCAGAAGGCCCAGGCCAUCGCUUUCCUCCACGAGAUGCUCCAGCAGAUCUUUGACCUCUUCCGUACAAUGGACUCCUUUGCUGCUUGGAACACUACCCGCCUGCACCAGCUCCUCAGUGGACUCCUUAAACAGCAGAAAGACUUGGAGACCUGCUUCGUGCAGGCAAUGGAAGAGGAAAAAUCUGUCCUACCCACUGAGGGCCCUGCACUGGCUGUGAAGGAGUACUUUGAGGGAAUCCGUUCCUAUCUGAAAGAGAAGGAAUACAGUGACUGUGCCUGGGAAUUUGUCAGAGUGGAAAUCAGGGGAUCCUUCUCUUCAUCAACCGCCUUGCAAGAAAGGCUAAGAAGAAAGCAUGGUGACAUGAGUUCAUCUUGA